CUGGCACCACCUCUGACUUCUAUCAUUCAGAACCACAACCUGAGGUUGUCAACCUCUAUCAUUUAGACCACAACAUCUUCCGAAAAAACAAUAAGAAUGGAAAGAGAGUCCACGUUGCCUUACCAGUCAAUAAGAAUGGAAAGAGAGUCCACGUUGCCUUUUCAGUCGUUCCAAGACGC